GCAUAUAAUAUUGAAUGUCCUGUUAAAUCCAUUACGAAUAAGUUCAAUUCUUGAGUGUAAAUUACUCUUUCUGCAGAUGCAGAAAACAUAGAGAAAAUAGAAGAACAGUAGUUUGUUUUCCUGUAAAAGGAAUAAACAAGGAUAACAAGUUAAAUAUUGUAAUGAAUUUUUACUGAUAAGAAAUAAUUGAGAUAUGGCCCAUCAAGAAAUCAUACACCACCAACCAAGCCUUCUCAAGGAGGCUGCUAUUCAAAUUGGAGCAGGAGGCUUCGCAGGCUUUGUAGAAGCUUCCAUAAUGCAUCCUAUGGAUUUGAUUAAAACACGUUUCCAACUGCAGGUCAAACUUAAGCAGUACGAUGCUGUUUAUUAUACAGGGAUUGGAGAUUGUAUGAGAAAAAUGUAUAAAAAUGAGGGGCUUGCAGCUUUUUGGAAAGGUAUAAUACCACCAGUUGUUAUGGAAACCCCUAAAAGAGCUGUAAAAUUUUUUUCCUAUGAACAGUAUAAAAAGCUUUUAAGCAAUAAUACAUCAGAACAAAUGGUGCAUUUUUGUGCAGGCUAUUUAACUGGUAUAACUGAGGGUAUUUUAGUAAAUCCAUUUGAAGUAGUUAAGGUGCAGAUGCAAUCUAAUCGUAAACGUAUUAAUGAAAGUCCGUCUACUUUUGCCGUGACUCGACAUAUCAUUUCUAAACAAGGUUUUGGAUUGAAUGGUCUUAAUAAAGGAUUAUCUGCCACAGUAAUGAGAAAUUCUGUUUUUAAUGCUUUUUACUUUGGCAUUUACCAUUCUAUUGUUCCUAAAUUACAGAAACACACAGAGUAUGUUUCAGAAUUCUUCACUAAGUUUACCAUAGGUUUUAUAUCAGGAACAGUGGCAUCCUGCAUGAAUAUACCUUUUGAUGUUGCUAAAAGUCGCAUUCAAGGUCCUCAAGGUGAUACAAUAUACAAGGGUACCCUACAAACCAUUUACUUAGUUUAUCAUAGAGAAGGAUUUAGAGCUUUAUAUAAAGGGUUAUUACCAAAAAUUUUACGAUUAGGACCAGGCGGUGCCAUUAUGCUUAUAGUUUAUGAAAAAAUAAAAGUAUACUUCACUGCAAAAUUUGGUGAUUAGUUAAAAUUGUAGUCUACAAUAUAGACUGAAUCAUGCAUUUUUUUUUUUCAUCAACAUUAUGAAAAAAGUUAUUUAGCAGAAGUAUUCCUUGAUAUUUGUUCCUACAACUCAACUUGUUACAAACUUAUCUCAUUAUUUACUACAAUUGUGUUUACAAUAUUUAUUAGUGUGUUUAAUUAUUCUUUUUUAUUUUUGUGAUAAGUAGUUGUAAUAAAUGUAUGUGAUAAUAA